AUGCGUGAGCAAGCUUUACUCCAAAGUGCUUGUGUUCUUUCUCUGAUAUCGUUGGCGGCUCUAUACAGCUUUAUUCCUCGUUUGUGGGACCGUAUGUCUGAAAUUCGUCAACUUCUCAACACCGAGUUGCACUCAUUCUCUGAACUUGAGGCAAAAGUCUGGACUGAGUUGAGACUGGAAGCUCCUCGUCAAACUCGCCAAGUCUACAACUAUUGUGAAUGCGAAUACAGUAAUACCUGUCCACCAGGACCACCAGGAAAGCCAGGUGAGGACGGUGCAGACGGGAUCCCAGGUGCGGUCGGAAUACCUGGACCACGUGGUAGUGCACGAAUACUACCAGAAGAGUUGUAUCGCAGAGUAGACGGUUGCAGAAUAUGUCCCUAUGGACCUAAAGGAGAAACCGGAAUGCCCGGAAAACAAGGAGUCCCGGGAAUACCUGGAUAUCCCGGACAAGAUGGACGAGAUGGGAUACCUGGAGCGCCUGGUGCACCAGGAGAACCAGGAAAGCUUGGCAUAAGCGGUGAAAGUGGCCGUGUUGGACCACCUGGAAUCCCCGGAACAGAUGGAAUUAUGGGCAUAAAGGGACUUCAUGGUGAGCCAGGGAAGCCCGGUCAACCUGGAUUUCCAGGUGAACCGGGUAAACCGGGUGAGCCUGGACAAACAGGUCCGAUGGGUGCACCUGGUGAACCCGGAAGAAUGGGAAUGUGGGGAAAGCGUGGCGAACCGGGACUACAAGGAUCUCAAGGCCGACCUGGUUCACCUGGUAUAGAUGCUGCAUAUUGCUCAUGUCCACUAAGAUUUAAAAAACAGUGA